GUAUUUGAGUAAAUCUACUUAGUUACGUUCCACCAGUGAUGCUAAAAUAGUCGCUCCAAUUUAGAAACGUUAAAAAGUUCUACCUUUUGAGAGACCAGAGAUGAGUCGUUAUGUGCUUAUUGAAAAUAAAUAGAUAAAUCUUUAAAAAUAACAAUAAAAAUCAUAUUUAUAUUGUAGAUAUCACAAAUUUAUGACAGGUUUAAUAAGAGUUAACUUACUAAUUAAAGGUGGAUGAUCACUGAAAUCCAAUUAUACUCAAAAAUAUUUCAAAGGUGGCAAUAAUAUUGCACUGCACUGACUAACAUUUUUGUGUUCUUUAAAAUGAUUUAUUUGCAUUCUAGGCGGACACAGGUAUUAUUAUUUUUAUUAAUUUCAAAACAUUCUGGAAGAUUUCAAGCUUUGUUGCAAUAUCUGAAAUAUUGAUCAGUCCACAACAUUUUCAUGCAAACCAAGAAAGAGAAAAAAAUGCAUUUAUUAUAAACUGAGGCGUCACAUUGAAAGAUGACUGAAUUAAACAGAACACAGCGUCACCUGCCGGUAAUCAGAGGGAAGGCUCCUGAUUGGCUCCACCGUUGCCUGGAUACGACGCAACUAACGUAAACUCGAGCUCAGCUGUUUGAAGUCGAACUAGCGUUAGCUAAUUACAGUCAAAAACGGCAUUAAUUAUUUGUUCUUGAACUGCCAGCGAGUAUAUCUCAUGCAAAUGGCAUCAGCGGUUCAGCCCGGCCGUCGGAGAGGAUCCAAUAAAAGCGAGCCAACGGAGGAAGCCAUUACGAUAAUCCAGCCGUCAGACCUCCGUCAGGUCACUGUGUUGAGCAAUGCUGAAUGGCGAAGGAUUCAAGAUCGACCAAGCCGGCUUAAAAACGAGGAGGAGCACAUGAGAGAGGCAGCAGAACAGAGGGAGGCUUUGCACCGGCAGUCAAAGGAGGUGGUGAAACUGUGGUCCAACACCAUCACUGGUCAAAUGCAAAAGAAGCUGGAAGCAAAGAAGAUUCGAGAGCAAAUUGAGGAGGAGAAAAGGAAACUGAUGGAUAUUGAAGAAGGCAAAUACAAGGAACAGAAGCGGAAAGAGAUCAUCGAAAGAGCAAAGACUCAGCUGUAUUAUCAAACCGACCGGGUCAAAGGAUUACAUCGGGCACUUCUGCUGACGGAGGUGCUGAAGGAGAGGGACGCUCAAGUCGAACUGAAGCAAAGACAAAAGAGUGCCACGAAAGACGUGGACAAAGAAUACAUGGAAAUGGUAAAGAGAAGAGAGGAGGAAGCCUUGAGACAGGAGCAGGAGAAAGCAAAGCAGAAGAAGCUCGAGAGACAGGCUGCUGAAGAAGACCUGAAAAGCCAAAUGAAGGAAAACAAGAAGGCAAGGGAGCAACAGAAAAUGGAAGACAAGAAGGACAAAGAAGAAAUUCAGCGUCUCCUAGAGCAAUACCAGUUGGAGCAAAUAAUGGAGUCAGAAAGACAAGCAAAUGAGAGGAGAAACCUCAUGCUAGCUCAGAUGGUAGGGUCUCAUCAACACAAGCCAUCAAGUAUUUGCAUCUUUCUUGUGGACCACAGUAAGUUUCUUGAGCGUUCUGUGCAUUUACAGGAGCAACGUCACAACAGAGACCUCCUAAGAGCAAUAAAUGCACAAAAACAGGAGGCCGAAGAGGAGCAGAGGAAACUUUUUCUCUCCACCAAACAAAAAAUGAUCAAAAAAGAAAAAGAGCUGUUUAGGGAGGCACAGACGCGCCGAGAGAGGAUCAUGGACAAACUUACAGUGAAGCAGAAAGAGGAAGUUGUCAGCGAGGAGCAGAGGAUCGCGAAGGCUGUAGCUGAGCGGGAUGCAAAACAGGCACAAGAGCAGCAGGAGAAGGAGGAGAAGAAGGCGGAAAUGUUGAAGUCCAUCGCUGCACACAGAGAAUCCAUGAGACAAGACAAGGAGCAGAGAGAGAAAACAGCAAAACAGAACAAACAAGAAAGACUGCAGAUAAUAAAAGAGGAAGACAGAAUAUUCUCUGAGAAACAGCAACUGGAGGCAAAGAAAACCAGAGAAAAUGAAAUAAAGUUACAGGACUUCAAUAUUACACUAAUGGCGGAGAAAAGCGCGAGGCAACAGCGGCUGAAGGAAGAGGAACGCGAGUUUCUUGUGAAAAAUGCAGGAUUCAUGGCUGAAGAGGAGAACAAGUUUCAACAGUAUUCCCAGAGCGUCAUCAACGCCGCGGCAAUGGCUCAGAAAAAUCUGUUUCCUCUUUGCAAAGCUGCAAGGGAAGGAAUCGGAGGAGGGCAGGGUCCAGUGUUUGGUGGGGUCAGACCGAGCUACCUCGUCCAGGACCGCACCGGUGCUCAGAUGCCCAAAUAUGUCUCCAGUACCACAGAGGACAUUAAAAAGCGGAAUGAGGUAGUAGAUAUACAGGAAGCAAAGAGGAGGCUUGGAUUCACUUGGUGAUAGUUUGUUCUCAGCUGCCCCUAAUCAUCCUUGAAAAUGUUACAUUUGUAGUGUCUACUGUGAAGUCCACAAUAGACACAAUACAGCUGUGCCCCAAAAAUAAAGUCAAUAUUCAGCAUUUUUGCAAUUACUGAUGUCACUGCUUUUAUUUUAAAGGUGAUUCCUGAUUAAAUAAUUUUAAAAUUUGAAGCCAGCUCUCUGUAAUGUUGAAGUGCUGUUAAUGUUGAAGCAGGGGCGGCAUGGCUCAGUGGGUAGAGUGGCCGGUUCGAUCCUCGGCCUGUAAUUGCUCAUGUCGAGGUGUCCCUGAGUAAGACACUGAACCCCUAAUUGCUCCUGGUGGGUUGUGGUUAGCACCUUGCAUGGCAGCUUCCGCCAUCAGUGUGUGAAUGAGUAAAUGUGAUAUAUCAUGUAAAGAGCUAUAUAAAUACAACCAUUUGCCAUUUAAGUGUCCCUCCUACAGCACCAUCUGAUAAGUUACACAUCAUGAUUAACAGCCUAUUAACGUUCAAGGAUGUUAAAUAUAAACAAGCUAAGUUAAUAGUAGCUAAGGUGUGCUGGCAGACAUGGAUCCUGCCAGCAAGGGUUGCUGUUAUUUUUUUUACGUUCAUUCUUUGUUUACUGCUACACCCAAUGGGAAUGAUUCAGUCAAGUAACAGGAGGGGACUGGCGUACGUGUGCGGUUGUGGCUGUCAAUGACAGAGGUCAGAAUUAUCACAGUUCAACCUGCAUCCAUCCUUCUUUGUUGUACUAAGGAAGGCAUUGCCUGUGAAUAUUUUCAUUUAUAUCUGGGGCCAUUGUGAUAUUGCAAGCGUUGUUUUGUUUAGGCAUAUGUUCAAUGUCAUCUUUAUCUUUAUAUUUGUUUGUGAAGAGGUAAAACACACCAUUGUUAUUUUUAUGCUUACAAUAUUACGGCCCAGAGCCUGAAAAAUGUGAUUUUGUUUUUCUUAGUUUUACUCUGUUGGCUUGUGAAGGAUACGUCUCAUUAAAGAAGACAAUACACCUGC